GGUAAAAGGUUUGUUGCUUCUGAUGUUCCGUAGCCUGAUCUAUUCGCUUUCGAUCUCUCGUGCAACGUGAGGUAACCUCGUUGACUGCAUCCCUCAUCUUUCUGUUAUCAGUACAACCCAGCAAGAGUAGGGUAUCUCGGCCUGCCAGCGUGAUGGCGCCGGUCAUAUGGGGUCUUGACCUCGCAGAAAUACGAUGGGGCAAGUUCGCCUCCAAGUAUAUGUUUGGCAAUCGAGACUACCACCUGCGGCGAACGAAAUUCGUGGUAUAUCAAUGCGCGCUCAUUUUCUGCGUUGUCUCCGAAUCGCUGGGCACGGCGGCGCUGUCGGAUUACAUUGAUCAACAGCGCCGCAUCCAGACCAUCGAUCACCGAGCAUAUGUUUACAAUAAUGACUACAUCGGCGCAGCGUCGUACAAUAUCUUUGCUGGCGUUUUCAUCGCAUUCAUCUUCGGCGCCGCAUUCUUCUUCGAUUUAAUCUGGCCAGAGAGAUACGAGAGCAAGAGCGUGCGGUUGGCGUGGCAGAUUUGCGCAGCGUUAUCCGUCAUCUUCCAUCUUGCGUCGGCAGUCACACUGACUAUCAUCACCUGCACACGACGGGCGUACAUUACUGGAGUCAGUGCUGCUCGAGCGGAGUAUCUGCUAGGUCAGUUCCAUAAGGACGCCGGCCCACAGCUUGAGUACGGGAGAAACGGCAGAGCGCUAGCAGCAGUGGUAUUUGUGUGGAUAGGAUGGGUGAGCGUCGCCGCGAGUGGAGUGUUACUAUGCCAAUCGAUCCACAACACGGUCUCAGGUGGUGGACCCAAAUCCAGGCAUGCGGCAGGAAGGGAAGAAGCACAUUACUACGCGACCACCGGAAGGCGGCAGCCGGAGAUCGUCCGCAACCCCAGCAUAGUUGAGACGGGAACGGAGAAAGAGACGUCGAUUGACGAUCCAGAACGAGCGCAGUCGGCACCGUCGUAUUCAGCUUCCCCUCGGCGCGGAGACGGCUUCACCAACGCGUCACCGGCGGCCGAUAUGCGAUCUGCGCCUUGAGGAUGCAGAUACGCGUCACAGGUAUAGCAGGAAUGGACGGUCAACGCCGGUGCACGCUUUGCAGCAGCAUGGAGCUCUUGGACAGAACAGUCCACAGAGUUCCAUGCAAGGCCGAGAUACGAGUAUGAUGACGGAAGAGACGACUUUCUCUGUUCUUGCAACAGGCAAGCCCAAGCACGGGGAGGAAUCCGAUGCUGCUCCGACGCCGUUAAGCCGAAGAAGCUGGGCGGCGUUGACGAGUGGUCUGGCCGAUUCGGGGUGGAGCAGUCGGUAAUGAUGCGUAGGAGGGACUAGGCAGGUAAAGACCGAGAUAUCGUCUGGCCAUAACGGAGUAGCGUAGGCCAGGCAUCACCGGAUGUAGGCAGUCUGUAAUAUUAAUGCUCAUGUUGGACUACACCUCAAC